AUGACUUGGGUGUUCGGAUGGCCCCUCUACUUCGAGGACGCAGUCGAGAUAUCCCAGAAACACAACCUUGUCAAGGAACCUGUCGUAAACGAGCAUGCCUACAUCGACGCAGCGCAGUGGUGGGUCGCGUGCAACGCGGGCUUCCCUCUUGUCUUCGCCUGCUGGGCCGACGACGAGCUCCACUACGUUUUUGCUCUAGACGUCGUCUCAGGGAAUCUAUGCCUCUCAGGGACCUGGGUUGGUACCGACAUAACGAUGGAUCUUGGAGACCUUACCACGGAGAGGCAUGGUUGA